AUGUACUAUGCCCAAUUUGAAAAUGGACUGAAACAUAUUCAUACACGGACAAUGAAACCAUAUUUCGUAGAAUUUGUUGAUGUUGGUGAAUCAACUAAACACCUGUCAUCGCGAAACAUGUUUUAUCCUCACGUUGAUGUAAUUACGAUGCGAGCAACAGGAAAUCCUAUUGUAAUUUAUAGUGGUGCUGAAGUGUUGAAUUCUCAUGCGUUUAA